AUGCCUCACAGAACCACAUACUUUUUCCCGCGUCAAUUCCCGCAGCGAGGGUUGGAUGAAUCUUCCAAACCGCUAUUAGAUCACGAGAAAAAGAAAAUCGUAAACUCAAUCAAACAUGACACGCGUAGCGUCGAAAGCGACACUCCAAAAAAAUCGCUUCCGACUAAAGAUAACGACGUUGUUCUCUCCUCCGCCAAGCAAUCCGCCGUCUCCGACCUAUUCGAAGCCGGCGACAAGUUCCGGACCAAAAACAAGCAGAUCGCCGCGUUCUGCGAUUGGUUGAUCGACAAGAAAGUCAGCCAUUCCGACCACCACCACCGCGACGGCGACGGAGACCUACUUCUUCCGCCGGAAACCACCGUUAAGAACGCUGCAGUUGACCAGAGCUUCGACCGGCAGGUUUCUCUGCCGAGGCUAUCGAGCGGGAGCAGCUAUGCAGGAAGCUUGUUUUCGGGGACGACGUUGGAUUGCAAUUUUUCCAGCGACAUUAAGGAGGAAACGUCGUCUUCUCGCACACUCACUACUAUCGCUGCGACGAGGCACAAGGACGAGGAGGAAGAAGAGGAACUUAGCACGGAGAAGUGGGCGAAGAAGUCGAAAGAAAGCUAUAUCUUGCAACUCACGUUAGCGAAGAGGCUCAACUGCUUGGCUAGCCUUGUCACCGAACCAGUUCUCACUCCAGGAACCGAAACCUGGGAUGCUGAAUCCGUUUCUUACCGCCUAUGGGUGAGUGGAUGUUUAUCUUAUACGGACAAGAUAUCUGACGGGUUUUAUAACAUAUUGGGGAUGAAUCCAUAUCUUUGGGUGAUGUGUAAUGAUGUGGAAGAAGGUAGAAGGAUACCUACUUUGAUGGCGCUAAAAGCGGUUGAGCCCAGCGAGACUUGUAUGGAGGUGGUGCUUGUUGAUAGACGCGAGGACUCUCGCUUGAAGCUGCUUCAAGAUAAGGCGCAAGAGUUGUAUUGUGCUUCUGAGAACACCUUGGUGUUGGUGGAACAAUUAGGGAAACUGGUAGCCAUUUACAUGGGGGGUAUGUUCCCGGUGGAGCAAGGCGAUCUUCACAAGCGCUGGAAGUUGGCUAGUAAGAAGUUGAGGAAUUUUCACAAGUGUGUUGUGCUUCCCAUUGGCAGCCUGUCUACUGGGCUUUGUAGGCAUCGGGCAAUUCUUUUUAAGAGAUUGGCAGAUUACAUAGGUUUGCCCUGUCGCAUUGCUCGUGGUUGCAAGUAUUGUGUUGCAGAUCAUAGAUCCUCUUGCCUAGUCAAAAUUCAAGAUGACAAGCAGCUCUCAAGGGAAUAUGUGGUCGACCUAGUUGGAGAACCAGGAAAUGUCCAUGGACCAGAUUCCUCAAUAAAUGGAGCAUAUGUUUCUUCCAUGCCCUCCCCGUUUCAAAUUUCUCACUUAAAAGAAUCACAAUCACCUUAUAUGGAUGACAUGGCAAGUUCUGAAUCUAUAUGUUCUAAUGACAGACCUGUUAAUCCUGAAAAUCUUCCAUAUUCAGGCUGUGCAAAUAAUGUUCAACAAGCUAAAGAAACUGAUUUCCUGAGAAGUCACAAGGACUCCGUUUAUUCUUCAGUUGAUCAAAUCUGUGAAGGAACAGAACAAUCUCUAAUUUCUUUUGGGUUAGAAGGGAAUGAUGAGGAAUGUGCAGUUCUUAGUUCGGUUUUGCCUACCAUCCAUGAAAAUGAUUCUAAAGCUCUUCAUCUAGCCAUUGAAGCACCAUUACAUGAAUAUCCAAGCCUUAGUGAAGAUGUAGUACAAGUACAAGAAAUUUCCAACAAUGAGAUCAUUGUAAAUGGAAGUUCUGUGGUGAAAAGUACUCGCAAGCAAUCCAUACUGGGUUCAUCCAGCCAGUCAGAACUGAAACAGGUAGACAAUAGAAUUGAAAACAAGUGUUGUUUACCUGCUGGGAAUAUUCCAAGAUAUGUGAAUCUUGAACCGUCACUUGCAAUGGACUGGCUUGAGAUAUCAUGGGAGGAUUUACGGAUUAAAGAGCGUGUUGGGGCUGGCUCAUUCGGGACAGUGUACCGUGCUGAAUGGCAUGGAUCAGACGUUGCUGUGAAGGUUUUAACAGUUCAGGAUUUCCAUGAUGAUCAGUUGAAGGAGUUCCUGCGAGAGGAUCACUUUCAAAAUGUGGUGCUCUUCAUGGGGUCUGUUACAAAACGCCCCCAUCUAUCAAUAGUGACAGAGUAUUUGCCUAGGGGUAGUUUAUACCGCCUAAUACACAGACCAGCAUCUAGUGAAAUUCUGGAUAAGAGGAGGAGAUUAAGGAUGGCUUUGGAUGUGGCUAAAGGGAUCAAUUAUCUCCACUGUCUGAAACCUCCAAUUGUGCACUGGGAUCUUAAAUCCCCAAACUUGUUAGUGGAUAAAAAUUGGACUGUGAAGGUUUGUGAUUUUGGAUUGUCCAGAUUUAAGGCAAACACUUUCAUACCGUCCAAAUCAGUUGCUGGAACAGUUAAGAUUCUUCCCCUUCCUGAGUGGAUGGCUCCAGAAUUCCUUCGCGGAGAACCCUCCAAUGAGAAAUCUGAUGUUUACAGUUUUGGAGUUAUACUCUGGGAACUUGUGACAAUGCAACAACCAUGGAGUGGACUUAGCCCUGCCCAGGUGGUUGGAGCUGUCGCUUUCCAGAAUAGGAGGCUUGCUAUCCCUCCAAACAUCUCUCCAGCAUUGGCCUCCCUCAUGGAAUCUUGUUGGGCCGAUGACCCUAGUGAGCGUCCGUCUUUUGGUGGCAUAGUUGAGUCACUAAAGAAGCUGAUCCGUGAUCAGCACGAGAACCCAAAAAUGGAGCCCGACGAGAAAAAAGCAAUGAUUCGCGAUAUCGCACUACAAAUCGUUAUCAUCUUCAUCGCCAUCUUCUCCUUCCUCUGGAUGCACGGCAUUCCCCAGCGCCUCUUUGCCAAGCUCCGCCACCGCCCCCCAAAUCCAAGCGCCGUCCAAGCCAAACGCCACUUCGUCAAAGGCGCACAACUGCUCGCGCAAGCCAGAAGAUCCAAAACCACCUCCAUCGCAACCUCCCUCGCUAAACAGGCCCUAGCGGAAGCCGAGAAGGCCAUCGCGCUCGAUCCGAAGGACGCCGCCUCGCACCUCUUGAAGUCCAUGGCGCUCGAUCUCCAGGGCUUCCGCAGUAACGCGCUCGACGCUCUUGACGCGGCGCUCUCUCCGCUCGCCGCGGCGUCGCUGGCGGCCGACGAGAGAGGCGACGCGCUGCUGAAGAGAGCGGAGCUGAAGAUCGCGUUGAGCGAGCGGCGUGUUGACUCGGUACUGGCGGAUUUGAAUGAGUCGGUGAAGCUGAGUCCGCGGAACGCGAAAGCGUGGUGCAUGUUGGGAGAGUGUUAUGAGGGGAAUGAGAUGGGAGAGGAAGCGAAGAAGGCUUAUAAAGAGGCUCUCGAGUUGGAGCCGCAAUUGAAUGCGGCUCAGGAAGCUCUCAACAGGUUGGGUUCUUCAUAA